UAAACCUCAAUGAUUCAAAGCUCAUAAACAUACUGUUUCAACACGUUCAUAAUGACGCAAACUGAGUUCCUGAUCAACACGAGGAGGAUGAGGUAUACAGGUGAAGCAAUGGCUGCUCUUAAGAGAUAUAGAAGGGACGUCAACAUCCAAGGAGACGAUAAAGAAGGUGAUGACGUAUCAUAUAAGGCCCGGUCAAGGUGUCCAUCAUCGGGGCGAGUCUGGCUGGAGAGCACGCUGCCAGCUUGCCCUCCUCAGGCAGCAAAAGGGCGACACAUAGGAGCAUACGCGUUAACAACCAAGGUUGCCCCAUGGGUCAACAAACCCCUCCAGAACUAUCAGCCGUCUGAAGAAGUUCUAGAUUUGGUCAAAGAGUCCGCUUCAGAAUUUCACGCCGUCGUUGAGAAAGAGAGGCAGUCAAGCUUUGGUCUUCACGAUCUCGACGCAAUCGAGCUCACGUACCAAUUCACCCUGGAGAUCAGUGCUGCUAUUCUCCUCGCUGCGGAUAAGACCGAUGACCCUGUCUCAUUAUCGCUCCAGUACCACACGUCCAGGGCUGGCGAGGACGACCAUUUGAAGUCCUGGGGCAGACUUCUGACUAACCUUGAAUGCGAGCCUCCUAUUAUUGCCCAAUUCCCCCUUUACCUACUCAUGUGCCAAUCCUUCACGUACGAACCCACCAAUCACAGGGAAGAUUACGUAUAUUCGGCACUGACAGGUGUUGACUGGGCCAAGGGCCAGAACAAGUUCAACGAUCAAAUAGGGGCUUUCGAGGCUUUAGCGUGGUCGUCCGUACCAGAUCUAGAUGAUAAGAAAUCCGGCGAAGACAGAUGCUUCUGGAGGAUUGCGCUAGCGUAUUUAUCAGCGAUGAAUCAAUGCGAGAACGCGAGGGAUUUCAAAGCCCCGCGGAUAGCACAUAUCGCCCACGAUCUUGAUAUUGACGCUGUCAUUGCGGCUCGUGCGCUCGAUACCAUCGGCUCUGCUUUCAUGUGCCGAGAGGGCGCUGCAUGGCUCGAUGAUCAGGGAAUGGAUUCCCUGAUCGGCACUGGCUUGGUGAACGAUGUAAUGGAUCUUCACACUGAUAUACUGACAGGCGAGACGCGGAACUUGCUGCGUCUGCUAUAUCCUCCUAGCGAGAGUAUUUCUUACGCCAUACAGACUACUUCGAUCCUCCUAUCGUCCACUCUUUGCGAAGUCUUCAGGGCACACCAUCGUGCCCGUAUGCAUAACCGGGAGGACGGGCGUAUAUCUUCCACUUCACCUGCGUACAGCUUUUCCCGGGCGCGUCAUCGAAAGAUCUUCGAGACCCUCGAGUUGUAUAUCAACAGAUAUGCAGACUUCUGGGACUGGACCUGGGAUAUCUACCGCGGUGCGAAGGCGCAAAUAACCGAGCACGCUAUCGCCGAGCCCCUCGUCUCCGGAAUCAAGCGAGCAGUCCAUCAUCCCAAACUGCCGGAUUCGCCCCCAAACAACUUCUUCCAUCAAUGGUACGACAUGAUCGAGGACGGCGCCGAGCAGCUAGCGCACAAGCGUCCGCUCGGCGUAAGCGCAGAUCUAGCGCCCAUCAUACGCGAGUUGCAUGCUCUCUGGCACAGCGAGCUCCUCGCGGAUGGUAAAGCGCCGGGAUGGGGACGCGAGUUCGAUUGCAGAUCCGAUGCGCUCCUGGAGGCUGCGGGGGAUAUCUUGGCUGAGGGGACGAAUAGGUCGGAGGAUAUGUACCAUUUCAGCGUUGCGUAUGGGAGACUCAGUAUGGGGCUGCCGUAUAUUGCUUAUCAUACUAUCGAUGCGAUCAUUAUGACCUUUGGCAUCAUUGACCCGUCGGUUGAUAGCUCGGGCUGAGAGUAAGUUGUUUUCCGGGUGCUAGUGAUUCUGUAUAGAACAAGUAUCUAAACAGACCCACGAUUUACAAUUGAAUAUCGACUCCCAUUACUGUCUUCAGCGCCUCAUUGUAUCUUCAGCUUAGAUUUUAUUCCUCUCAUAUAGUCUUAGAGCUCAAGAUACCACCCCCUAAUAAAUGCCAGGAUGGGAAUUAUGCUAUCGAC